UUCUGCAGUCACAGUGGGGACAGGACCUGUGCCUGCAUCCCGUGAUGCUGUCUGCCACUGCCCAAAAUGUAUGGGUCUACAAGUCACACCUCCCUUGUCAUUCACUUGGCUCUGCUUCGUGGUGAUGGCAAACAUGGGCUGGCACCCAAGCCCUAAUGACAAAGGUCCAGGCCCUUCAGCACCAUGUGCAGCCUCUCAGCAUGGACAAUGGGCCCCGAAGUCACUGCAGCUCACUGUUCCUCUCCCACCCUACAGGAAGUAGAUUGGGAAGCAGAGCUGGCCGUGGUCAUUGGAAAGAAAGGCAAGCACAUCAAGGCCACAGAUGCCAUGGCCCACGUGGCCGGCUUCACUGUGGCUCAUGACGUGAGUGCUCGUGACUGGCUAACGACACGCAAUGGGAAACAGUGGCUGCUGGGGAAAACCUUCGACACCUUCUGCCCUCUGGGCCCUGCCUUGGUGACCAAGGACAGUGUAGCAGAUCCACACAACUUAAAGAUCUGCUGCCGAGUGAACGGGGAAGUGGUCCAGAGCAGCAACACCAACCAGAUGGUAUUCAAGACGGAGGACCUGAUAGCCUGGGUCUCCCAGUGAGUGCCAGGGCCUGUC